UGCAUGACUGCGCCGCUGCCGACUGAGGCUGCAGUGGAACGCGACCAGUUAGCUGUCACUCCUGGGCAAUGUAAGAAAUCUGUCUGAGCGUCUGCCAUCUAGUGUGCAUAUAUAUGCUCGUAAUUACCCAUAGUGCAUUGCUUUCGCGAAGCAAAACACUUCGCCAUUUUAAGCGAUCUGGGACCUCUGCCGACUGGAUCAGCAAAGUAAAUAGGUCACGAGAUCUCAGAGAGGAAAAUAAAGGAACAACCUCCACCAGGACGACGGAUAAAACUCACCGGUAUAGGUGUCACGAAUCCACCGACUGAGAGCCAAUGAUCGUAAUCAGCCUGCCCGCUCGCAUGAAGUAUUCAGCCGCAGGCCCGGGCUGAUGUGAUUACUGAUCGCUUCUCGAACUGCAACGUAAACAAACAUCAGAAUGAAAAGAGGGCAGAAGAGAGGAGAUCAGCAGGAGGAUGGAGGAAGUCCAAGCCCUGGGUUCUCUGAACCCUGCAAAAAGCUUUGUAGAGAGCUUUCAGAGAAUCCGGUGCAGGGUCUGGAGACCUACAACCCAGAGAGCUUAGUAGACUGGGGCUGCCUUCCACAGGAGAUCCUGCUGCAGAUUUUCCAGUAUCUGCCCUUGCUGGAUCGGGCAUUUGCCUCACAGGUGUGCAGGGGCUGGAACCAAGCUUUCCACAUGCCUGAGCUCUGGAGAUGCUUCGAAUUCGAGCUCAACCAGCCUGCCAGCUCUUACUUGAAGGCCACACACCCAGACCUGAUCAAGCAAAUCAUAAAGAGGCACUCCAACCAUCUCCAGUAUGUCAGCUUUAAGGUGGACAGUAGCACUGAGUCUGCAGAAGCAGCCUGCGAUAUCCUGUCUCAACUAGUCAACUGCUCACUCAAAACCUUGGGGCUCAUAUCCACAGCUCGACCCAGCUUCAUGGAGUUGCCUAAGUCUCACUUCAUCUCAGCUUUGACUGUGGUUUUUGUAAACUCCAAGUCCCUGUCCUCCCUGAAGAUUGAUGACACGCCAGUAGAUGACCCGUCACUCAAAGUUCUUGUGGCCAACAACAGCGACACCCUCAAGCUCCUGAAAAUGAGCAGCUGCCCUCAUGUCUCACCUGCAGGCAUUCUGUGUGUGGCUGACCAGUGCCAUGGCCUCCGUGAGCUAGCACUUAACUACCAUCUCCUGAGUGACGAGCUGCUGCUGGCGUUAUCGUCUGAGCGUCACGUGCACCUGGAGCACCUACGGAUUGAUGUGGUGAGUGAGAACCCAGGACAAAUGCAGUUCCAUACCAUCAAGCGCAGCAGCUGGGAGGCCAUGGUCCGCCACUCACCCAAGUUCAGUCUUGUCAUGUACUUCUUUCUGUAUGAGGAUGAAUUUGGGCCAUUCUUCCGUGAUGAGGUGCCUGUAACACAUCUCUACUUUGGCCGCUCUGUAAGCAAGGAAGUGCUGGGCCGCGUGGGUAUGACAUGCCCUCGCUUAAUUGAGCUAGUGGUGUGUGCCAACGGCCUGCAGCCUCUAGACGAGGAGCUGAUCCGCAUUGCCGAGCGCUGUCAGCAUCUGUCAGCCAUCGGCUUAGGGGAGUGUGAAGUCUCCUGCAGUGCAUUCGUGGAGUUUGUUAAAAUGUGCGGCCGUCGCCUCACUCAGCUUUCUAUAAUGGAGGAGGUGCUGGUGCCCGACCAAAAAUAUGGUCUCGACGACAUCCACUGGGAGGUGUCAAAGUACCUGGGCCGAGUCUGGUUCCCUGAUAUGAUGCCCACGUGGUAGGAUAUACUGUAGACAAGGAUAUCCCCUUCUGCAAUCUAAUCUUUGUCCUAUCCUGGACUUAUUGACCUCACAAAGACAUAAAAUUGCACUUAUUUCACUUAAUUUGCAGUAUUGCCUAGAGGCUAUUAGUUGAGAUUUUAGAAACACUGCUGCUUUAACCAAUUGUCACUACAAAUAACACUCAGCUAACUGGAUUGGUGUAAACGUAAAUACACAGCAAGUGUUGAAUAUUUUAAUUUUAAAGUCUUAGCUUUAGCUUUUGUAAAAUAUCUCAUUAUGAAUAGGUAGUAUUUGUGACUACAUGAUUUUUCAACCACAUAGACAGUAAAUCUCCACCAUUUAAAUAUAUCCUUUGUUUAAAAAGGGCAGACAUGCUAUUUUUAUAGACAGGUGAUGGGUGGAGGGGGAAAAAACCCUUCCUCUCCUCAAAGAUGGUUAUUUCAAUUUAAAAUAGCUGGCCUUCUUUUACCCCCCAAUAUGUGUGUAGAAUAUGUAAAUUCUUUUAAAAAGUAUUUUACUGUAUCUUAUCCUUCAGUUCAAGGUAAACAGCAUAGUGGGUAGCAUCGACACCUGUGGCAUUAUUUUCAAUUUAAUUCCAUCCAGUCCAAUUGGAUUUAUAUAUUGUUUUUGACAAUGGUCAUUUUCACAAAGCAGCUUUACAAAACCAAUAGACAAUUAGGUGAUGAAUGAUUAUUAUAUAUACUGUAUGAAAUGUAUGAGGAAAAUAUGUAUACAUCAAAAAGAUCAAAAAGUCCCUGAUAAGCAAGCUGAGGAUGAGGAUGGCAAGGAAAAACUCCCCGAGAUGGCAAUAGGAAGAAACCUUGAGAGGAUUUGUUUUUAACUUUGUUUUUAGUUUUGCAUGUUCUUCCUAUGUUCACAUAAAUUUCCUCCAGGUUCUUUGCUUUUCCUUCCACUGUCUAAAAACAUGCAGAUACAGUAAGUGAGCUGGUGAUGCAAAACCUGUGUGUAAACACGUGUAAGAACAAAGGUCUAUCAUUACAUUUUAUUAUGAUGGAUAUCCAGUUGGACAGUUUUUGUUGGAAAAGAUGCAUUCUGAAGAUUAAAAAAAAAAUUUAUCACAAAAAAAAUGUGGAUUUCUUUUAAAAAAUAAGUUAAGUUAAAUUAAGUUUUAUCUUUUAAAUGUUUUCUUCCGGUCUACUUUAUAGCCUUCUGUUUAUUAGGGAACAGUAAAAAAAAAUAUGGAUAAAGCUGUCAGUGUUUCCACUUUCAAAAUAUUACCAAAGAUUUGACCCAAAAAAAUAAAGCAUGCAGUUUUUCUGAGCUGUUUCACUAUACAAAAAAGCAAGUGCAUGCAUGUGUAGGUUUUCCAAACUUUAUAAUGAGUUUAGUUGUUUGUUACACUACCCGGCCAAAAAUUGAUUUAUGUUUAGCUUUGAUUAUGUUGGAUGUUCGCUUUGGCAUUAAUUGGACAACGUUAUGCAAUGAUAUGACAAUUUUUUUCUGUUAAUGUUAUGCUUUUGUUGUGUUAAUUAUUGGCCAAGAUCUUGUAUUGAUGACAUGAGAGUCGAGCUACUCUGUAAAAUCUUUUUCAGUAUAUUACAAAAUGAAAAUGAUUCCUCAUGCACCCAGAACAACUCUUUAAAAAUUUUAGCCCAAUGAAUCUUAACAUUGUAAUCCUGGAAUAUGCUCAUGUAUUCAGGAAAGAAAAUAAGUCUUUGAUCAGAUAACCUGGCCAUUUUUUUCAUUUAGAUAGUCAUUUAUUCAUUUUAUUGCAACAUAAUGAUUAAUUUAGGAAGCAACCUCAGAUCAUAACACUGCCUCCAGAGGCUUGACAUUAAAAUUUCAUUUAAAUCUCAUUCUACAUUUGAGCAGUUGAAGUUUUAAAAAAAGAACAGGUUGGGUUUGAAACUGGUUUCUUUUGAACCGUAGUCUAAUACCUUAAAUACUGAGACAUCCCUGCCUUUCUGUGGGAUCAAACCAGAUGGACUAGCCUUUGGUCCCCUUGGGCAUGGGUAGCACCUUUUUUGUUUUGUUUUUCACCGGUUUGCUGGUGUGUACAGUAGUUCAUGAUCAGUGUUGUUUAGUUCACCUGUCGGUGGUGUUGGAGUUAUGGCUGAUCAUUGUACAGUAAGUGAUCUUUAGUUACAGUGUAAAAACUUUUUUCCCCUAACACUUUUCGUAUGCAAAGUUGUCAGUUCAUUACUAUACUUCCAGGUUUGAAUAAUGCAUUGGACAGUUUUUAACCCAAUUCCUGUAAUUUAAUUUAGAUGUAUUAUUGAAUAAUAAUAAUAAUAAUAAUAAUAAUAAUAAUAAUUGUUUGCCUGCAGUCCAAUAAUGUGACUUUUUUUAAAAAACAGUAACACCUUUUCCACAAGGAUGAGUUAAGUCUCCCUACAUGGUUGUUUAAGAACUGAGAGGCUACUCAAUGCAUCAGUUAAAGUUGAAUGAUAUUGAUCGGAAAAAUAUUAAUCAUGGCAAGAAAGGCUCUUAAGUAUUUGCUUUAAAUAAAAAGAUGACUUUUUUGACCAGGCAGUGUAUGUUUUCUGUCCAGAUGCCAGUUUUGCCAGCGUCCCUGACCUUGUUAAUAAUUAAUUAAUCAUUUAAAACUUGGAUAAACAUUAGCUAGUGGGUAGUAACAAGCUUCUCAUUUUUUUUCCUUUGCUGUGAUGAAAUAACAUGUAUGCAACCAUGUAUUGUAGAUAUCCAACCUUGCUCCUUUCUUUGCCUCUCUUGGCAUGGCUGCAGCAAUACCCUGCCCAAACACACUGGCUGCAGCCUACACACAUCCAAAGCCAGAUGUUAUAGGACAAUGAUAUAUUGCACACCACUUCACAAGCCUACUUUGCACCAAGUAUUACUGGGAAAGGCUCCAGGUUGAGUGUAACCCUAAUCAGCAAAAAAUCUUUAAUGGAAGUGAGUUUGAGAUUUUACAUGUGUUUUGUUUUGUCAAAUUGUUUUGUGUGUUUAAUACAGUGAUUAAGCUUCUUGUAGCUAUUUUGAUAAAAGCUAGAUUUUCAUGUUCUGUCAAGGUUUCGUUCACAAAUGUUUGCACUAUUCAUCACUGUACCUUUUUUAACCCUAUUGCUAUUUUUACUGGUAUUGUUUUUCAGUGUCAUGUCAAAUUGCAAAUACUGACUUAUACGAAUUGAUUUACUGUAAUCAUUCUCUUUUUUAUGUACUACAGAGCAUGUUUAGUGUUAUGUUUACCUUCUUGUGUAAACUUAAGAGCAUAUUGACAAGACAUUUUCCUUUGUAGAGGCGUAAAUCACAGUCAUUAAAUAGUGGGGAAUUUUUUUAGUCAUAAAGAUUUACUAUUUUGAAACAUUCAUCAUAACCUGUAUGACUGAAAAACUUUUGCAUAAUAGUCUAUUUAUGUAUAAAUGUAAAUUUCAUUCUG